GGGAACAGAACCGCGGGAGCAGCGCAGAGUCGCCGCAGCGCGCGCGGGAUCAGUGCCGACGGAGGCGGGGCGAGUAGCCGGCACCAAACUCCACCAGACCGGACAACCACAGCAUGGCGAAGACGGAGCUUAGCGGCCUCCUGCCGCUGCCGGACAGGCCCGCCGGCGGCCGACGAUGGUGGCUCGCCUUCGGCAGCCUCUGCCUGCUGGGCAUGGGCACGCGACUCUACGACUUGCAGAGUCCCCCCUGGGUGUGUUGGGAUGAAACGCAUUUCGGAAAAAUGGCGAGCUGGUACAUCAACGGCUCAUUCUUCUUUGAUGUGCAUCCAGCUUUAGGAAAGCUUCUGAUGGCCGGCGCCGGACAUCUGACCGGCUAUAACGGCACGUUCGCCUUCAUCGCGCCAGGCUCGCAGUACAACGACACAAACUACGUGGGAAUGAGAGCACUCUGCGCCGCCCUGGGAGGAGGCAUCGUGCCCAUGUCUUUCAUCACGGUCCACGACCUGACCGGGUCGCUCCCCGCCGCCACGUACGCCGCUCUGUUCCUGACGCUGGAUGUCGGCAUGACGACCAUCAGCAGGUUCAUUCUGCUUGAUCCCAUACUCAUGUUCUUCAUGGUUGCCGCUACCAUGUUCAACUUCAAAAUAAAUAAGUACAGGGCAUUCAGCGGCCGCUGGUGGCUGAAUCUGGCCCUGACCGGCCUCAUGCUGGGCUGCGUGCUCAGUGUCAAGUUUGUUGGCGUGUUUGUGGUGGCUCUGGUCGGGCUUUACACCGUCGCGGACCUCUGGUCCAUCUUCUGUGACCUCAGCAAGCCGCUGUCGCACACCGUGAAGCACUUCGUGGCCCGCGCUGCCUGUCUGAUCGUCCUCCCCAUGGCGACCUACGUGCUGGUCUACUACAUACACGACGUGCGCAUUACAAAAGCAAACGACGUGCACGGCAUGCAGGGUGACGGCUGGCUCAGUGCCGGUACACAGAUGACGCUGAAGAAUAACGACAUGUUCAACGUCAGCCAGCCCAAGUACCUGGCGUACGGCUCGCUGGUGACGCUGCAGACAGUGGGCUCCUACAGCAGCUACCUCCACUCGCACAACCUGAGUUACCCAGACUGGCGCGGCGCCAACACCACCGCAGGCCACGCCUACAACCUCUCCGAGGUCCACUCGGUCACCGGCUUCCGUCUCAAGGACCAAAACAACUUCUGGAAGAUCCUGCCGCACGACGAGGAGGAAGUGCCGGACUGGGAGAACCCGUACAUGCCGCCCGAGCCCGUGCUGAACGGCGACCGGAUUCGCCUGGUGCACAACACCACCGGCCGGGUGUUGGCCGUGUUCCACCAGCGCGCCCUCAAGACCAGCACCCAGAUGCUGGUCGGAGCGCUGCCCGAGAGACAACUGCAAAAAUACCAGAGCGCGUUCGAGAUACAAGCUGCCCAAUUGGACGACGAGGCUCAGCUGGAAGCCAUUAACACGACGUUCAGUCUGUUCAACCCGGGUCUUCGGUGCGCCGUUUAUGCCUCCCAGGAGAAGCUGCCCGAAUGGGCAGCAAACCAGCUGGAGAUCACCUGCAGCAAGCGCCUGACGGACGAGGGAGUCACCUGGACCGUCCACCGGCACAUCAACCCGCGCCUACGGAACGUCACGAAGCACUGGCGUCGUUUCAUCCCUAGCCUGCCGAGAAAGUUCAUGGAGACGCACGGCAUCAUAACGACGGUCAACAGAAAGCUGGUGCCGAGCCGACUACAGAUGAUGAACUCCGACCACCCCUGGAUGUGGCCCGUCCUCUACCGGGGUUUGCACUUCUCGAUGCAAGACCCCCACCGGGUGUACCUGUUGGGCACGCCCCCCAUCUGGUGGGCCAAUCUGCUGCUGCUCGUGUGCAGCUGUUUCAUCAUGGCCUUCAUCGGCUACAAGGAGACGCGGCGCCCAGCGGCGGCGGCGGCGUCAGCGGCGUCGGAGCAGGACCAGCACGCGCGGUGGCGGCGACAGACGGGCCGGGCGUGUCUCUGGCUGCUGCUGGCCUGGGCCGUUCACUACCUGCCCUUCUGGACCAUGAGCCGCAUACUCUACUUCCACCACUACUUCCCGGCACUGUGCUACAGCUGCAUGCUUUCAGGCGUGGUGCUGGACUUUCUGCUGACCUGCCUGUACAGACAGCUGCCGGAGGCCCGCCGGGCCGCCGUCUAUCAUUGGCUCGUGGCUGUGCUAGUCGCCGCGCUCUUCUACAGUUUCUACCUGUUCCACCCUCUCUGCUACGGGAUGUCGGGACCGCGGCCGAAGGACGGCACGAACAGCACCUACUACCAUCUGUGGUGGCAGAAGAGCUGGGACUUCUGAGCGACCUGGCAGUGCGCCGUCCGGAGGCCGUUGGGACUGCACCGCACCCGUCCGAACCGCAAUGCCAACUCCUGCAUGCAGAUGGCUGCUCAGAAUUCAGACCUCGGUCUACGGUGGAUGGGUCUGCUCAGACGACACUGCGAGUUAUUGGCGCGGCGCUAGCCAGACAAAUGCGUCGCAGCACUGUGACACGUCGGGUGCCCGUUGCGGGCUCGGCACCGUCUCUGUCCUACCGCCGAGCGGCUGUCGGCUGCGGGCCCGGCACCGUCUCUGCCCUACCGCCGAGCGGCUGUCCGCUGCGGGCCCGGCACCGUCUCUGCCCUACCGCCGAGCGGCUUUCCGCUGCGGGCCCGGCACCGUCUCUGCCCUACCGCCGAGCGGCUGUCCGCUGCGGGCCCGGCACCGUCUCUACCCUACCGCCGAGCGGCUGUCCGCUGCGGGCCCGGCACCGUCUCUGCCCUACCGCCGAGCGGGUGUCCGCUGCGGGCCCGGCACCGUCUCUGCCCUACCGCCGAGCGGCUGUCCGCUACGGGCCCGGCACCGUCUCUGUCCUACCGCCGAGCGGGUGACCGUUGCGGGCCCGGCACCGUCUCUGCCCUACUGCCGAGCGGGUGACCGUUGUGGGCCCGGCACCGUCUCUGCCCUACCGCCGAGCGGGUGACCGUUGCGGGCCCGGCACCGUCUCUGCCCUACCACCGAGCGGUUGUCCGCUGCGGGCUCGGCACAGGCUCUGCCCUGCCGCCGAGCCUGCCUAGUCUGCUGCGCUGUCACCCGCUCGGCACGGCCCGCUGCCGCUCGGCCACCGCCAGUACCGCCCGGCA